AUGCCCCUGUCACCCUCAUCGUUUACCGGUGAAUACCGGGUGAGCAGAGCGAAGAAAGGAAAGCGGGUGCAUGCCUGUGAGUGGCCUGGCUGUGAGAAGGGCCAGGUCUUCACCAGAGCCGAACACCGAAGGCGGCAUGAGUUGAGUCACAAGGCGAAGAAGAAUUUCAUGUGCGCCCACGAGAGCUGUGCGAAGAGCUUCCAACGCGCCGAGAACCUCGCCCAGCACAUGACUCGACAUGGACCGAAUCUUCCCGUCCAGAUUGCACCUUCUAGACGCACCAAGUCAACAUCCUCCGCUAGGAGUGCACGCAAGAGCGCGCGCACCCAUCCCCAGAGUUCGCCUGUGGUGCCCGGGUACCAGUCGCCCACCUCAGAAACCAGUGCAGCAAACCCACAGGAAAACGAGAAGAGUCUUCUGAGCGGCGUCAGCGACCCCAACCAGCCAUAUGGAGCGUCCAACAACGACGCUUCUCUGUACAGCUACCCCAUGGGAAUGGAACCGGGACACUCGCACGAAUCACUCUUCCCAACCGAAUCCUGGGUUACCCAACUCCCAAGCGGAUUUGAGGGCAUGAUCGAGGGCUACAUGCGAAAUGUCCUGAAGCCAGAGGCGUUCCUCAUUCCAGUCCAGCCUGCAGAGCAGGGACCACCUUUCUGGAACUCAAAUAUCGACCCGACUUUAUCACAGAUAGACUCCUCUGCCUACCAAGCACCGGCUACUCCUUAUUCGUGGACAUCGGGGGCAGAGAGCCUGUCAGGCGCCUUCCAGACAGCCCCUCUAGUGCCCGAGGGCUCCCCGCGCGCCGAGCAUAGCUCUUAA